UUUGGAUCGCUUCCCCUUAAUUUCCCGUGAUGCAUCGCGGUGUUUAGUAGCAGUAAUAUCCCAGUUACUUUUGCACUUAUCUUAUGAAAGUUAUCAAUUAUACACCAGUGGGGUUGCUUGUGCGCUUUUACUUAAAUUUCUGAGUGGUGUUGACGUUAGCUAACGUUUGCUGGAACUGCUAAAGCAGCCCAGGAAGCGCCAUUACAAGCUGUAACUAAGGUAACUGCAGGUGACGGGACUCGCGGGAGAAUACACUUCGAAAGACGGUGCACGGUAAAAAUCAGUAAAAUGGAGAAACAAAAUUUGGGAAAGGAAAGACUUGUAGUACCCACUGAUUUCCUGACGUCAACGGGACUUUCAAGUAAAGUUAAAGGGGACCUUGUGCCUCCGUCGCAUUUUGCAUCAAGUGUCCAAUCUAAAGGAGCACAUGGUGUCGUUCAAACCCCAGUGCCACCUCCACCCAUCUCCUGGAUGAAUCCAGUGCUCACAUCGGCAUCAUCAGGAGAUCCCAGCCCUGCCAAACCAUGGCUGGCCAUCGCUCGGGCUCAGCAGGAAAUCCUGGAGCUGAAGAAGGAAAAUCAGAGGAUCAUGAUGUUACAAGGCAGAAACACUACAGUAGAUCACUUUACAGACCUUAGGAUGAGAUCCACAGAAAACAGAGAGCAGUGGUCCAGACAGGAGUCAGAUUUCCGGCUGGAGGUAGAGAAGCACAAGGCUGAGGCUGACCGAUUGAGAGGGCAGGUUGAAGCCCUGAAGGAGACUGCCGAGAGGUACAGGGAGGAAAUGAGAGACAGAGACAUAACGCUGAGCAGACACAGCCAUGAGAUGGAAAUGAUGCACAAUGAGCUGUCAAAGGCUAAGACUGAACUCAACCAAAUCAGAGAGGAGCUCAGCCUCAGCAGUGCACUGAAGGAGAAAAUAAGCACACAGCUUGAAAAUGUGAAAGCAGAGUCUGCUGAGGAAAUAAUAAGACUGAAGAGAGAGAUGGAUAGGACUAAAGAGGAAUCUAGGGAGCUUGCCCUUAAGGCUGAAAUGAGCAGGUUACAGGCUGAAGAGGAGUCCAAACAGCAGGUUCUCCGGCUGUUGAAACAACUUGAGGAAAUGAAGAAGAAAGAGGAGAUGCAGCUGCAGCAGCUAAAUUUAUCACAUUGUCUCGAGUUGGAUGCAGCAAGAAAUACAAACAGUGAACUACAGGACAAGCUUCAGUUUAUGGCCUCAGAAGUGCAGCAACUGAAAAGUACCCUGAUGGAAGUGUCUAAUGAGAGAGAUGGCCUGAGAGAACAUCUAAGUCAAAUGGGAAAAGCCUUUGAGACACAAUCUACAACGCUGCAUAGCCUCAGAAUUUACAUUGGCCAGCUCGCCCCGGAGAAAGGAGAGAAGGAACGAUUAAAUGAGGCUGUUGAGAGGCUGAGGAAAGAGAAAUCAGCCCUUCAGACGACCACAGAACUUUUAACAGUCAGGCUUCACUCUGCAAAUGAGAUACUCGCCCUCCAAGAGGAGAAAAUAUUGAAGGGGACUCCCAAUGAUCCACUUGUGAGGAAGGAAUCUAAGGGCAUUCAAGUGCUUCAGUUGUGGAGAGAGAAAGUGUUCAAGUUGUGUGUCCAGCUCCGCUCAAAGGACAUCGAGAUUAGGGCAGAGAAGACAAAGCUUCUGUCAGAGGUGAGAUCCAUGGAGCAGCAGCUCCAGCAGGAGCAGCACCAGGCCAGCGUGCUCCAACACAGCCUGCAUGACAGGAUAGCCGAGCUGGACCUGGAAAGAGUGGAAAAGGAGACAUUGAAACAGAACUUGGACAACAUUAAGAAACAACAUGCUGAGUUGAAGUCACAGAGCAAAAAACUCGAGUCUGAUAUUAGAAUCCUAACAGAAGCUUUGCAAAAAUUCAGUCAGGCAUUCGAAAGUAAGCUGAUGGAAGUGGAUGCAGCCAAAGCAAGGUUAAGCACCUCUUUACAGAGGCUUUCUUUUGCUAAAAGGAGAGUGGACACAAUCCAAGGUUUGGUUAUGAGGAGGGCAGCUCUGCAGAAAAUUGAACUGGCCUGUAAACAGACAGAACUGGAUAAUGGCAGCAUCGCCAACCUACAGACGGAGCACAGUUUGGUGUGUGAAGAAAGAAACAGGCUCACCCAGGAGCUCAAAAGAACCCCAGAGCUCAUCGAAAAAGCUCUGGCUGAGCUGAAAACACAAUAUGAGAGCAAAGUGAGGCAGCAGCGGCAGGAGAUGGAGCAGUGCUACGUGGAGGUCCAGCUGGCUGCAGCCGGUCAGGAGAGGGCUGAGGAGAACCUGCAGCAGGUCAGGGCCCAGCUGGAGGAGAGCACCGGCAGCCUAGAGAAGCUCCGCUGUGAACUGCUCCGUCAGCAGGAGCUCAGUGAGCAGGCUCUGCAAGAGAGAGUGUCUGAAAUUGAAGACCGAUGUGCUGAGAAACUGAGAGAGAUGGAGGUUCAGGUCAAUACUUCCCGGAGAGAGCACACCAAAGCAGUUAUGACUUUGCGGCAGUUUCAGAGAGAAGCGAGGAAACGAGAAGAAAUGACACAGGCUCAGCAUUUGGAGAGUGAAAAUGCCAAGCACAGAGUCUUGAAAAAACAACCAAAGAAGACAGAGAAGGAGGAAAGCUUUCUUCCUGUUUCGGGAACAGAAACGGGACCGAUAGCUCCACAAAACACUGCUGAUCCUGGAAAUCAACAAAAAACCUCACUGAGGAUGAGCUCUACGGAAGGAGAGGGGCAUUUACCUCCAGGUGAGAGGCUGCUGGGGGUUUUGGAGGAGCUGAGUGCACUCGGCGCUGCAGUGGUUAACAGCUCUGAGGACUCUGCUGAGGAAGAGGGACAGGGGGAUGGUGCCAGACCGUCACCAGCCAGCCUGCAGAGCUAAUACCUCUACAUGAGUCAUUGGAGCCACGUGGACAAACAUUCAAAGGGAGCACAUUAUGGACAAAAAGGCAUUUUUCCCCAGAACACGGAAAAUAUAUUAGUCAGAAAAAUGACAACCAUGGCACUUUGUGUUACACCCAUAUAUAAAUGUUCACUCAGGGAAUUUCAAAUGCUUUUUCCUGUUUGUUGCUUUGCUGUUAACAAAAACCUCAGGCUCAUUUAAGUAGGCUCACUAAGUAAAAAAACAUUCACAACUAGGCCACAUGCUGCGUUUAAUUCAAUCUACACCUACUGUAAACAUAACAAACAAGGCAGUCUUAGGCAGUGCCCUCUAACUGCAUCGCUAUUUAGUCAUAAUCAAGUAUAGAGAGAAAAUGAGCAGAUCAUCACGUAACCCCUGACAACAAACCAAGUGACUUGCUUUCUGGGCAGAUGCACAUACCUGACUGAGAAGAGCAGUCAUUAUGCCAAAGAAAAUUCACAGCUCAUCGUAUUCAUGUAAGAAUGUAUAUCUGUACAUGGAUAUGAUCAGGUUGUGUUUCUACAAGGAAUAAAGUGUGGACACAUUAUCAGAGUUUGUAUUUCAAUUAAUUUUAAUAUGACUCACAGUAUAGUAUUAUUCUCAGAGAGAGAAGAGUGGACUGGGGAAAUGUGGAAUGUUGAAACUGACCGAAAACACACCAGAGAAUUUUAAUGAAGGCAUCAGGAAAUUGUCAACUUUUGGUGAUAAGGUAAAAAAAAAAAGCUACAUUUUUCAGACAAAGUGAAGCAGUUUGUUGAGCUAAACGUCAGGAAACCAUCCAGUUCUCGUUGCAUCUGCUGUGAAUGUUUAUUCAGAAUAGCAGCUGCUAUUCAAGGUUACCUGUUAUGCAUUUGUGAGCAGAAUGAGAAGAAAUGAGAUCACGCUUUGGCAGAUUGUGGAAACAUUUGAGAGGCUGUGGUCUUACGUUUUGGGCGGAACUUGAUGUAUUUUCUAGAUAAGAGGCAGUCUUUUUUCCAUCUAUAUUAUUUUUAUACAAUAACGGAACUAAAACCCUUCCAAACAUUAAGUUAAAAUCAAUAUUAUAAAAAAUUAUUUUUUGACUGCUGCAUCUUCCACCUUUCUUUCAACUAAAAAGAUUUCUUAGGAUUCUGGGAUACAAAUAAUCCCCAUUUUCAAUUUGAAAAUUGAUGAUGAUGAAUGCCAUGAUGAAGCCGUUAACAGUGCUUAUGUUGUCCUGACAGCUCGUGCAGGUGUGUGCGUGGCGGGGCGGGUGCUGGAGACCCCCGCAGAGGGGCUACUGCUGGAUCCUGCCAGUAGCAUGUGCCUGUCUCAAAGAAGUGAUGGCGAGAUGAAGCUUCAGAAAGCACUGAAGCGCUCCAUCCCUCUGGUCGACUCAUAAGCCGAAGAUUCAAGGUGCUUCAUUUUUUGCUCUAUUGUGCCAUCUAGUGGAGAAUAAAUGUAAAACGUGCAGUGUGAUUAUAAUGUCCCG